CAGCGACGUUUGGAGCGUUGAAUCACAAAACACACGCUGUGACGAUUAGAUCUCUGCUCGGUUGGCCGGUGAUACCGAUCGAACCGGGACACCCCGUAUAUAAGAGCAGGCCACUCGGCCGGCGAGGCACAGUGCGGUCCGAUGAGAUAGGUAGAACCGAUUCUCUAGUCUAGUGGCGUGUAAGAUCUCGACAGGAGAGAACGUGCCAAGUUCCAACGAUGUUGCGUUGACCGCGACCGGAAACGUUGAAAACCGCUCUAAUACUUCCUCUUCUCGAGCCUUGAACUCCGUCGGUGUCGCGGUUCGAUCCAACCAUUUUCCACCCGACUGUAAUGCGACAACUUUGUUCACUAAAUUGAAGAAUCUAAAGGCUCUUCAGAGGAAAUGCACAGAGAAAUGUGGUGCUUAAGUUUUCUUUUAAUCGGCGCGGCGAUGGCCGGAGAAUCGGGCCCCGAGAUCACCUACCCCGAAACUCCGAUCGAAUACUCGCCUCUACCACACGAAGAAGAUCUUCCUCCACCAUCGCCGCUUCCCGGCAUGCUUUAUCCCCGGGAAAGUGAAUCCCGAGAGGUAAAAUCCCUGGAUGGCAUGUGGGACUUUGUAAUUUCACCCUCGGAAGAUUCGUUAAAGGGUUACAAAGAAUCGUGGUUCUCCGAUGACUUGUCAAAGGUAGGAAAAGUGAUGCAAAUGCCUGUUCCUUCGUCGUACAACGAUAUCACAACCUCGAGGGAAUUGAGAGAUCACCUUGGGGCUGUUUGGUAUCAGCGAACGUUCUUCACGCCUUCUUCUUGGCGCGAACAAAGGGUCUUCGUUAGAUUCGGCUCCGUUAAUUACCUCGCUCAAGUGUGGAUAAACGGUGGAUUGGUAACCAGUCACGAAAUAGGCCACCUUCCAUUCGAAGCUGAUAUAUCCUCCUACUUGAUUUAUGGGGGGAAAAAUCGCAUAACCGUCGCGGUGGAUAACACCUUGCUUCAGACGAGCGUACCACAGGGGAAAAUUGUUGAAACUGCUGUUGAUAAUGGGACGGUGCACUUGCAGUCUUACACUUUUGAUUUCUUCAACUACGCUGGCAUACAUAGACCUGUUUUACUACACACGAAACCACGGGUCUACGUCGAGGACAUUUCAGUGAGAACGGGACUGAUCGGUGAUGUUGGUAUCGUAAAAUACAUCAUUCAACCGGCCGGCUUACACGAGCAUGAAAUUCCUAUCUGUAGAGUAAGCCUUCUCGAUGCCGAGGAGAUCGUAGCCGUGAAGGAGCCGGUUUACGGAUUUUCCGGUACGCUGAAAGUACCAUCCGCGAAGCUAUGGUGGCCCAGGGGUAUGUCCACCGACCCUGGAUACAUGUACACUUUGGAGGUCACACUGUCCAUGCUGAACGACAGCGGAGUAGAUGUCUACAGGAUGCCGGUCGGUAUCAGGACAUUGACCUGGACAAACACCAGUUUAUUGUUGAACGAUAAGCCCCUGUACAUGAGAGGAUUCGGUAGGCACGAGGAUUCGAUCAUAAGAGGACGUGGUCUGGACUUGGUUACCGUAGCCAGGGAUCAUGAAUUAUUACAAUGGGUCGGUGCAAAUGCCUACAGGACUAGCCAUUAUCCUUACAGCGACGAAGUACUCGACGUGGCUGACCGAUUAGGUUUUUUGAUUAUCGACGAGUGCCCGUCCGUGGACACCGAGAACUUUACGCCGAUCCUCCUUUCGCGUCAUAAGGACUCAUUAUCCGAGCUUAUAAGGAGAGACAAGAACCGUCCUUCGGUGAUCAUGUGGUCGAUCGCAAACGAGCCUAGGACGCAGCUACCAGAAGCUGGAGAAUAUUUUAAACAGGUGGCUCAUCACACGAAAGCACUCGAUCCUACCAGGCCAGUUACUAUUGCUAUGGCACGAUCAGUUCAGGAGGAUAAGGCCGGCGAAUAUCUUGAUGUGAUUAGUUUUAAUCGUUACAAUGCUUGGUACAAUAACCCAGGUAGAUUGGAUACAAUAACGAACCGAGUUAUAGGAGAAGCGGAGGCUUGGAAUAAAAAAUAUAACAAGCCUGUACUUAUGUCCGAGUAUGGAGCUGAUACUAUGUCUGGAUUACACGAAUUGCCCGAAUAUGUAUGGAGCGAAGAAUAUCAAAAAGAAGUGUUCUCUAGACAUUUUGAAGCAUUCGAUCAAUUAAGAAACAAAGGUUUCUUCAUUGGAGAAUUUAUUUGGAAUUUUGCAGAUUUCAGAACAGCUCAAAAUUCGUAUAUAGCAUUCAUUAGAGUAGGCGGCAAUAAAAAAGGCAUAUUCACGAGGGAGAGACAACCAAAAAUGGCAGCAUUUCACGUUAGGAAGAGAUAUCACUCCCUCCAAAAGGAACUAGAUGGGACAGAUAUACCGACGGAUCUCGAAAAUUACAUUUCGUUUCAUUAUUAAUAUCUUUUUUUAACACUUCGCAAUUUUUUGUAAACAAAUUUUUUUAAAAAGUGUCAUUUGUCUGUACAUGUAUGUGUUAAAAUGUCAAAUUAUCAUUAUUUUUUAAUAAACAUUUGAUAAAAAGA